AUGGGGCCCCUGUGUCCUCACCCACACCCAAAAAAGCCUAUGAAAAAGCCAAUGAAAGGUACCAGGGGCAUCUCAUGGCCCCCCUACUGACCCCGGGCCCUCGAGCAGGGAUCAUGGGGCCCCUGUGUCCUUGCCCAAACUCAAAAAAGCCUAUGAAAAAGGUACCAGGGGCAUCUCAUGGGGCCCCCUACUGACCCCGGGCCCUCGAGCAAUGACCGAGUUUCCAAAUGGUCAGUCCGCCCCUGUACUUGAUAUACUUUCCUAUCUAUUUACUAAUGAUAGCAGUA